AUGAAUGCUAGUCUAUUGAAAACAGAUUCCGAUAGUUACAAUAUUGGAGAAAUUGUAUGGGCGAGACAUGAUCAGGAUGGCAUGUACUGGCCAGGAAGAAUAACAUUUUCUUCGAAUCAAGUAACGGACACGAAUUUACAAGUCAAAUUAUGGUCGUAUUUUGUUCAAUUUUUCGGAUAUAAUCAAACAAUAUGGACGGUGGAUGUUCUGUCCUACAGACAAUAUCGGGACUAUAUGUCAAAACAUUUACUAGCACAUUACGAUUCUUCUCCACAAUUGAAAUAUCAAUUUUUAAAUGCUAUUAAUUAUGCUGAUGUGAAUGAGAACUCCAUUCCAGUAUCCACUUCCAUUGUUACAACUUCACAAAUUUCCACUCUCUACCCUACAAAUGACUACUCACCCGACACAUUUCCUAUAUAUGGAUCAGCUCCUCCUCACAACACGCAAUUUCCUUCAAAUAAUUCUUGCUCAUGUUGUACACAACCUCCAUUAAUCUCCACUAACCAGUUGUCUGUUGACACAGAUUUAAAUCCAUUAUUACAAUCUAAUAAUGAUUCUUACACAUUUCAAACUCAACCAACAGAUACAGUUCCAAAAUUGAAUUCGAUCAAUAUCGUUACGACGAAAACAUACUCCAACGCGUCCUUCAUCUCCUUCGUUUUCAAUUCACUUUCCGCCUUCUUCCAUACUUCACUCAUCUACAUCGAACAUUUACCCAACUACCAGCAUCCAUCAGCCACCUCACUCACUUAUCUCAUUUGUUUCGAUCAGUUCGAUGCAUCACUUCAACACGCUCUCGAUGCCACCAUUCUCAACAAUCUCAGCGCACAUGUCAACUAUCACUUUCUGCUCGUCAAUGCACCAUGUCAAUCACUUGUGAAACACUUGUAUGCGAGAAUCAUGGAUCAACGGAGCAUUCUCGUAGUUGAUUAUCGAUCGACACUCGAUGAUGAUGCACUGUUGUUAUGCUCAGGAAAUCGUGAAACAUAUGAGAUGCUUCGAUCAACGUUACUGAAGUAUCUCUGUUCCAAAGUGAAGUAUAUCGAAUCACGAGACGCUGAAGAACGACAUACCAAUGCAAUCAAUAAUGUUAAACAGGAACCUAUCGUAGAAACGUCAAAUCAACCGUUGGAACUACAGCUUGUUGGAAGUUAUCAAAAUGCUGCUCAUGAACGUUUGCUCACGACGACAACCCAAAGGAAAAUGAAACAUGAAAAGGUAUUAAAUGGAGGCAAAAUAUUGAAACGUAAACGACAGAAACAUUCCUCAAAGCAUAGAAGAUUAUCUGCAACACCCGCGAAUUAUUAUGUUCGAAAUAUUCUUCAUGAUUAG